CUGGCGCAGCGGCCCGAGGGGCAGCGGCCGCUGCUGGUGCGCGUGGGGCCCGGCGACGCGCCGCCCGGCGUGCUGCGCUUCGAGGACAUCACCGGUCCCGGCGCGCCGCUGGACAGCCCGGACAUCCCCGAUGGCGACCCCAACGCCGUGUGCGUGCUGCCAUACAGCUCGGGCACCACGGGGCUGCCGAAGGGCGUGCUGCUGGCGCACCGCGCGCUCACCGCCAACAUGCACCAGAUCCAGCACCCGGAGGUGGCGCACAUUCGCCAGACGGAGGGCGACUUCCAGGACGUGAUCCCCGCCGUGCUGCCCUUCUUCCACAUCUACGGCAUGGUGGUGGUGCUGCUCAACUCGCUGUGCAUGGGGGCGAAGGUCGUCUCGCUGCCCAAGUUUGACCCUGCGGGUUUCGUGCGUACGAUGAUCGAAAAGAAGGCGACGGGGCUGUUCGCGGGCGCCGCCGCUGGUGCUGUUCCUGGCGGGCCACCCGUCGGUGCCGGGCGGACGACGCUGGCCUCUCUGCGCUUCGUGCUGUGCGGCGCCGCGCCGCUGGCCGCCGCCGACGCCGAGCGCCUGCUCUCGCGCGCCUCCCACCACAUCGACCUCGUGCAAGGGUACGGCAUGACGGAGGCGUCGCCGGUGCUGACGCAGGGCCGCAAGGGCUUCAUGGGGGCGGUGGGGCCGCCGGUGCCGGCCACCGAGGCCGUCGUCAUCAACAUGGACACGCUCUCCUCCGUGCCGCACGGCCAGGAGGGCGAGCUCUGCUUCCGUGGCCCGCAGAAAGUCACAGAAGACUUGAGUUCUGAAGAAUUGAUUUUCUGA